AUGUCGGCUGUCAACAAACGAUAUUCUCACAGCUUUUCCCAGACCACCGACGAACCCACAAACAACCAGCAAGAACAGGAUGAUGAUACCGCCUCAUCCGUUCGCGCGGAUCAGGCGGUAAACAUCUCCGAUGGUAUGCUUGCUAUCCCAAGAGGCAUGUCCAUCUUCGAUCUGACAGAUACACUCACAGGACUGUUUGAUGAACCCCAAUAUCCUUCCACCGCGGCCGGUGAACUACUGCCACCUCCCGACUUCCGUCCAUUCUUUACACUCAUCGAAGACCCCGAAACGGGCGAACACCACCAUCCAUCAGUACACUACAUAUUCUCCGAUGACAAUCCCGACUUCUUGACUUCUACCAUCGUAGAUGCGAUGGGUCAAGAGCAAGCUGGUACAUCUUCGGAGCAGAAGGUUGACAACAACCGCGAACGCAUGAUACUUCUCGACAUGGCACCGGACGGGAAGACGAUCAAUGAAGUUCAGAGCCUGAGCCCACACUGGCAGAUUCUCCGAACGACUAUCGGUCAAGCACCGUCAUGGGCAGAUGAAGGUUCAAGAAAGGACAUACCAGGCUUGAUGCUCAACAUCCAGGGCAUGGAGAGUGGCAAGCUGAAAUCACAAUUGAACCGUCGCAGCAACUCUCAAGAAGAUACCAUGGCUCGCAUCGAAGCCAUGAUUAGCGGUUACACCAGCUGCUUGUCCACCCUGGAGGGUGUCGUCAAGAAAGACGUUCUAGAGGACGAGCAAGAUGUGCCUGAAGAGACAGCCAAGGCGGUCGCUACGCAGGAUGAUAAUUAA